AUGUUUCUAGCAUGGGGGUUUCCAGAAGCGGACCUCUUUGCCUCCACCAUCAACACAAAGUUCAAGCAGUUUUUCUCGAGAGGGGAACUAGACCCUCAAUCACAAGAGGUUGCCUUCAUCAUUUCAUGGGAAAGGGAUCUUCUUUACACAUACUCACCGGCAUCGUUACUCUUGAAAGUACUGAACAAGAUCAACUGGAAACCAACAUAUGUAGUUCUUAGCAAGCAUGAAGAAUAUUUGAAUAACCAACUCAAAAACUGCCAAGAAACUACAGAAAAUGACAAGAAAAUGUAUCAGGAUCACAUGAACCAGUAUAAAGAGAUUUUGAAACAACACAAAGCAAAAUAUUCAGAAAAUGCUCUUGCUCAGGAAUAUUAUAUGAAAAAAAAAGAGAUUGAAGAAAUCCGGAAUAGAGUUCUGAAACAUUCUGAACAAUUUAAAUGGAAGGAAGCUAACCUUUUGGAUAUUUUAGUUACAAUGGCAGUUACAUGCACGCAAUUAAGUGCUUAUCUGAGGCAAAAAACACAAGACAUCCUCAAGCAUGCUGCAGUUUUUACCCAGAAAUCUUUUGAACUAGAGAAAGAAGCAGAUGAAGUAGAAAUGAAAAUUAAUUAUUUCAGACAGCACUUUGAAAGGAGUACAGAAGAUCAAAAUCAUUCUAAAAUUAUUGAAGGAAAAAGUAAAAAAAAUUUAGAGAAAAGGAAGGCGUUUAAAGAAAGGAUGUUUGAAGAGAUUGGAAAUCUACAGUUAUUAAAUGGGAAACAUCAACAGUAUAAACCAUUACAUCUGCCUUGCAUUCCUCAGAAAUUAGUCCAAUCUGUACAGACUUUUAGACUGUCUUCGCAAAGGACAGAAACAGGUGAAGAAGAAAGAGACAAUUCCAUGGACCAUUCAGGUAUUGCUAGUAUUUCCUUGAGCCAAGUGAACAGUGAAACACAGAAUGUACACACAGAGUGUUUUAUUAAGUCAAGUGAGGAUAAUCCUGAAGCAGCAGAAGGAAGUACUGAACAUUUUCUGAAAACCCCUGAGAUGCCUUUAUUUAUAAGAACAUCAGAAUCUAAUGGGAAGAAAGCCCAGUUCCCUAAAACUCCUCCAUUUGAAUUGAAUCAUAAUUUAGGUUGUGAAGGACCAGCACCAAAAUCACCUGCUUUUUCUUUUCUUAUGCCCUGUGCCCAGAAGUCACCUGGCUUUAAUUUAUUUGACUCAUCUGUAUUCGGAGCAGAAAAUUCAUCAGACCAGACUGAUGAAAGUUAUUCUGCAGGAAACGUAAACCCUAUUUCCCCACACAAAGAUAUUGGAAGCUUAUUUGGGAAAUCGGAAAAUGAAGAUGCGUUUACAUUUUCCUUUCCGUCAGAGUCGUCUUCUCAUGAAUAUGGGGAUGGAAAAGAUGACUUCAGCUUUCCAUUUGCAUUUGGACAGGAUCAGAGAACAUCACAUUCUUCCUCUCUGAAAGGUUUUCACUCUUCAUCACAAAAUACAAAGCCAUUUACACUCUUUUAA